AUGAUGGAUACGGAGAAUAUGGACACGCCCCAGCGAGUCCUCGUUGCUGAUUCGGCGCGGCAGCUCCGCGAGGAGAGAGAAAAUGUAACAUUAAUUUCAAGAGACGGUCAGGGUGGAGCUGAUGUCGGAGAGGCUUCCCUCCCCGAUUUCGUUCCGUGUCGUUACCAUCCGGGGGGAAUCUUCGAGGAUCUUCCGGCUUUGGCGGUCGAGCAGAUGCGUCCUUCUGUCGUAGAGGGACAGUCAUGGGAGAAUAUCGAGGAGACUCGUUCGACUCCUAGUAGCGUGAAAGCUUUAUUGAGGGAAUGCGAAGGAACCGGAGUGACCUUUUUGAUCCCAACUAGAUCUCAGAGGCCGUGGUCCCCUCCUUUGGGAUUUCAGUGCAUCUAUGAAUCAUACUUUCAGGAUGAGACCAAACUUUGGUGUCCAAUUCCUCGACUAAUCACAUCUUAUGUGAGACGUCGUGACGCGGCGAUAAGUCAAUUUUUUAAUGGCGCGUUCCGUACCUCAGUGGCAUUGAUGGUGACUGCGGCGGAGAUUGACGUUUUGAUGAGUGUUCGGACACUCGAGGAGUUGACCUAUACGAAGUCCAUGGGCGAUGGUUUAUUAUCGAUCCAGAUGAGGCCCAACUACAACGUGAUCGUCGAUCAUCCGUACAGGACGGCGCACUGGCAGGGUUUCUACUUUUACGUCAAGUCUGGUGGUUUUGCCUUCGAGGAGCCGCCUGACGUUUCCUUUCAAUUUUUGUGGAAUCAUAAACUCGUUGAUCAUCCGGACACGGCCUCUUAUCCGGAAGAUUUCGUCUCUGAUGCUCGUGCAGUCGUUUCGCGCGUCCAAGUGAGCUGGAAAGAUAUCACCAUCGAGAGGAUUCGACGAGUGCUUGACAGAAUCUCGAGUAGGGAUUGGAGGUCUGAUCUACUACCUUUGAUUACCGGUAACAAGCGGCGGUUUUCGAUAUUCAGUAGUGCCGAGCAAAAGAUCAUCAACGCGGCCAGGAAAAUGAAAGAGCUUCCAGACUUGAGUGCAUUAAUCAAGAAAAAACUGAGUGAGGCGAAAAAGGCAUCCUCUGUGUCUCCUAGUGAGACAACUCUCAGCGGGACGACUCCUCGCGAAGAAACUCCUCGCGAGGAGACUCCUCGCGUGAAGACUCCUCGUGGAGCAAUUCCUCCCGCCCCUCUUCCUCUUGUGAUUUCCCCCGGACCGUCUACAGGCCCGGGUAACGUCGACUCUUCGAGGGAUGAUCUCACAUUGAUCUCUAAACGAGAAAUUGCUGAACCAUCGGUGACUGGUGGUAAUAAGAAGAUAUCUGCUCCUGACUCUUCUGCAUUGGCUGCUUCUCAAGCGAGGACUGAAUCUGAUGGCGCCGAGAAUUGUGAGAUCGUUAUCGAGAAAGGUUCUUCUCGCGAUGCUGCAGCUCGGGGAGUCGUCGACUCGGACAAUUCCCCGUCCAUCUCUCUGAAGAAGAAGAAGACUGCCCGCAGUCAUGAGUCUUCUACUCCGGCUGCGUCUGCUUUUGCUGCGAAGACUUCUCCAGCUGCACCUCGGACUCUCGUUGAAGGCAGUUCAGCCUCUGAGGAUCGUCGGGUCAAAUUUCAUGACCGUGUGGAGUUCAAGUACGUCGGCGAGACUCCUCUUUCUUUUGCCCCGACUGACUGUGCUGAGCUUGUUCGGCAAAUUAAGGGUGGUCGCAAGGACUUUCCUGCUGUCAAGGACCUUAUUUUCAAGGACGCAUACGUCGAUGCGGCGAGGACCAAAAUUCUGGUAAGAAUUAUUCUCCUUGGGGUCAAAUUUCAUGACCGUGUGGAGUUCAAGUACGUCGGCGAGACUCCUCUUUCUUUUGCCCCGACUGGCUGUGCUGAGCUUGUUCGGCAAAUUAAGGGUGGUCGCAAGGACUUGCCCGCUGUCAAGGACCUUAUUUUCCAGGACGCAUACGUCGAUGCGGCGAGGACUAAAAUUCUGAGCGACGGGAGCAUGAACUACGUCGUCGAGUUAUACGACUCAGCCCUUAAGGAGGCCAUGUCCAAGUUAAAGCACGCCAACAAGCUCACUCAAGCGAAGGAUGUAGCUAUUGACCGCAAGACGAAGGAAUUUAAAGCGACAAUUGAUAAAGUCGCGGAGGACCGGGCUCAACUGAUUGAGAGGAAGAAGGCUCAGAAGGCUCAUUUCCUGGAGUACGAGGACUCGAGGAGGAGAAGAAGGCUUGGUUAA